AUGGACCAAGCACAAGCAUCUCAGAAAAGUAAUAUAGCUCGACCCAUCUCACGACUACCUAUGGCACGUGCUUCGUCAAUACCUACAUCCGGCCAGCACGAUGAGUCUGCCAAAAGAUCACGCUUACCACAUAUCACCACCUCAAAUUCGAAAAAGCAGGUUGUGAGACCACUUGGCGAGAGCAACCACGUCCCUAGGCAACCGUCGUUCGGAUGGACAAGUAGACUUGCUAAUCUUAUUUCUACAACGACUACAGCCUCGCCACAGAACGAUGUGAACAGUCUAGACAUUACUCCACCAAAUGUCAAAUCUGACUUCGCCAUUAUCGACGAGGGCAACGAGAAUGCAGAAAGUGCACCGGACAGCAAAGACGACAACCGGCAACCCAAGAAACGCCAGCCAAGACCAUCACUAUCGGAGAGGACUGUCGAAACGCUGUCACAAAUCUCACCCGCUCCGUCUCCAACUCGAAGAAGAUCAAGUACUGUCAAAAGCAGUGGCUCAAUGGGUCCUCCGUCUCGACCCGCCUCGGCUAUGAGAAAUAAUCGUCCCACGACUCCCUCAACUCCAUCAUCAGGUCAUCCUGCAAGUCCAAGCAAGAGACCGUUCCGACCUCCUGGUAAGCCCACCACUCCGUCUAAAGAUGCAAUGACGGCGCCUGGCCCUGAGAACAUCUACACUCCACCACGUGCAUUCGUGAGAGACGCUAGCUCCAAGAUUGGCAGGCCAAGAGAGAGUCGUCGAUCCGUCUCUACUGCCAUCGUGAUGAGUAAGGAAGACAAGCCUCGACUACGGCCAACGAGACAAGCGACCAAAGUCAAGUCACUAUAUGACCUACGCGGCACAGCGUCACGAGGUGUGACGAGCAAGCCGGCCACAGGUAAGCUCGUUGACCUGCCCACGACACCUGAUACCAUGGAGCGAAAGCCGUCAUAUGGCGACAUAUCCACACAUACCGGCUUGAUGAAAGCCCGAAGUCCAGGCGAGAACGUGAUCGCCUCGAAAGCCGCAAUGAGCAGAUCUGCAACGAAGCCAGCGGCACUGGCCAAGAAACCGACGAAGCGUCCGACAGUACCUCAAGAACCUUGGAAGGAAGAAACAGCCCUGCCCAUCACGGCGAAAUCUUCCGCAACACUCAGGGAUACUAUUGCAAAGGCUAAGGCCGCUCGAAGGGAAGAGAUGAGAAGAUCACAGCAAGGGACUGAAGACGUGCAGGCGGAAUCUUCGAUCCACGAUGUGCCGGCUAUCCCCAUCAUCGAUAUGGGUAGACAGUCUCUGCGUAAGAAGAUACAGAAUGCGAUCGCAACUGGUACACUUAACUUGUCUGCAAUGUCGCUCAAGAGUAUACCUGAGGACGUACUGACAAUGUAUGACUUGCAAGAAGAUAGCCCCAUCGCUUGGUCUGAGACUGUGGAUCUAAAGAAGCUGAUGGUCGCCGACAACGAGAUCGAGAACCUGUCUGAAAUUGUGUUUCCUGAUUGGUCAGAAGAAGAGAUGUUGGAAGACUCAGAGAAGAGCAAUCAAUUUGGAGGUCUGGAAAUACUUGACCUACAUGGUAACAGCUUGCGCUCCUUACCGAUUGGCAUUCGACGUUUGCAGCAGCUCAGAACUCUCAAUUUAAGCAGCAACAACAUUGACAUCACGGUUUUCAGCAUCAUCGGUGAGCUUGCAAAUUUGCAGGAAUUGCGACUGGCUAAAAACGGUCUGCAUGGCGAUAUGCCGUCCUUGUCGUUCAGUCUGCCUAGCUUGCAGGUAUUAGAUCUCAGCGACAAUCAGCUAGAUCAGUUGCCCUCCAGCAUAUCAGAGCUGCGAAAUUUGCAGAGGCUAUUCCUAGGUGGCAACAGACUCAGCUCCAUACAACUCGAGUCUCUUCCAUCAGAAAGUUUAAUCGAGCUUGAUCUGUCCAGAAAUAUGCUUACAAGCUCAUUUACCGGUCAGGGCAUACACAAGUUCGAGAAGAUGCAGUCGUUGGACAUUUCUUUCAACAACAUAGAGUAUCUCUGCUCUAACUUUUUCGAGUUGCCAUUAUUGCAAACUGUGGGACUACACAAUAACCGCAUUGAUACCCUACCAGACAUGUCGGGAUGUGCAAAUUUGACGACAAUAACCGCGUCAAACAAUGCCUUGACUUCAAUCCCAGAGGGCUUGUAUAGCUUGACGAAACUCAGGAACAUUGAUCUCAGUAGCAACAAUAUUCGCACUAUCGGAUCAGAAAUAGCUGCAAUGGAAAAUCUCUCGAAUUUCAAUAUUGCGGGCAACCCACUACGUGAGAAAAAGUAUCUCACCAUGGAUGUCCAAGAUAUCCGAACAAGCUUCGCUCGAAAGUCGGAAGCGGUAGACGUUGCUCAAAUGGACGUAAACAAGGCGGUAGCACCUUCUAACUGCAAUCCAUCAGCUUUAGACUCAGCCACGUCAACAUCAACUCUGCGAAAGCCCAAGGCAGGCACUCUCGACGCUUCUUCGUGUGGUCUAUCGUGUCUCCUACCUGAAGACGUUGACCUGGCAUCACCCAUUCAUACUAUCCGCCUAGCUAACAACGACUUUACAACUCUUCCCGUCGAGCUGCUUAUGCACCCGUCGGUGCGCUGGAGUUUAAAGUCGCUUGAUAUGAGUCAUAAUCCUCUACUUCACUCAACCGACUACAUCAGUACCGAAGUUCACCUGCCCCUGCUACAUAGCCUCUAUAUCGUCAGUACCGGCCUAACCACGCUCGAUACUUUAACUUCUCACCUCAAAGCUCCCGAGCUUCGCGAGCUGAACAUUUCUUGUCACAGGCUCAGCGGCCACAUACCGUGGGUUCGCGCUUGGUAUCCUAGCAUCACUACUUUGCUAGCAAGCGACAACUGGUUCGAGUCCAUCGAUGUUGAAGCCGUGCGCGGUUUGGAGGUGCUUGACAUCCGCAACAACGGGAUCGAAAGUCUGCCGCCCAAGAUAGGGCUGUUAGGCAACGUUGGUGGUAAGCGCGAAGCAGGACGAUUACGAGUUUUCGAGUGUCUAGGAAACAAAUUUAGAGUGCCGAGACUGGCUGUGAUUGAGAAGGGGACCGAGGCGGUACUAAAGGAUCUGAGGAGGAUGGUGCCGAGUCAGGAUGUGCCGGAUGAGUGGGCAGAGCACGUGUAA